AUGAGCACCCCGGAUGUUGAUCGAGCCCUUGAUGUCGACUGGUCAGAAGAAGCACGCUGCAAGCCCCCAUUCUCCUAUGCCACUCUUAUUUUCAUGGCCAUGCAGCAAGCCGACAAGCCAAAGCUCGCUCUUUCAGAGAUUUACGAUUUUAUCGUCAACAACUUUGCCUGGUAUCGCAUGGCUGACCCAGGCUGGAAGAAUUCAAUUCGACACAAUCUCAGUCAGGAAAAGGCCUUUAUCAAGGUCGAUCGAGGCAGCAGCGAGCGAGGCAAGGGCGGUUACUGGGCUUUAAACCCCGAGUACAAGAAUUUCGACCAACUAGCCACCAAGAAGCGCCGUCGCUAUCGC